UUGAUUAUACGCCCGUCGAUGGAGGAUUUUUAAAGUACGUUGUAGAGUAUCGCGGGAGUGUAGCUCGAUGUACGGAAGGCGACGCACGGCUAAACUAAAUAAACGUCGUAAAUAAUGUUUAUGCAAUGCAGAAAUGCAGGAGUCAGGAGCGCGCCUCCUGCUCGUACGAAUUUCCCCCCGCCGAGGUGAGCGGCGCGACGUACUCUUCCUCCGUCCCCAGCAGCUCCAGAAGAGUCGGCGUUCCGUCAUCGAGGUCCGAUCAGCUAAUGUCCAGUCUCGCCGUGAAAAAGCCCAACAUCACCAAAGCGCAGAUGAAAGAAUUUAGGGAAGCCUUCCGACUGUUUGACAACGAUGGCGACGGAAGUAUUACAAAGGACGAGCUCGGCAGGGUUAUGCGCUCCCUCGGACAAUUCGCCAGAGCCGAGGAGCUUCGCACCAUGUUGGAUGAAAUUGAUAUAGACGGUGAUGGAAAUGUUAGCUUUGAAGAAUUUGUCGAGAUCGUUAGUAACAUAGGAGGAACUGCAGCUUCUUCUUCACAUUCGGAUCAAGAUCAAGAAGAACAAGAGCUUCGUGAUGCUUUCCGAGUAUUUGACAAGCACAAUCGUGGCUACAUCACUGCUUCGGAUCUCCAAGCUGUGCUUCAAUGUCUCGGCAAGAAUCUCUCCGAGGAAGAGAUUCAAGAUAUGAUCAAGGAAGUGGAUGUGGACGGAGAUGGACGAAUCGAUUUCUAUGAAUUUGUCCACGCUCUCGGUGAGCCAGGAAUUGAUGAUGACGAAGAAGAGGAGGACGAUGAGUACGAAUACGAGGAUGGAGCUGCUGGGGGACUCCAAUCGCCGAAACUACUUUAAUCUGUUCCUCUAAAAAUGAAUAAAGCCACCCGCAAUGAGGGCU